CGGUGCCAGCCCGCCACCGCCCGCGCUUGCCGCUGUCGCUCCCGGCGGGCGAGCUGAAGGUCUUAGAACGGAUGUUGGAAGAUGUUAGCUGUGGAUACUGGGGCUGUGGAGGAGUGGUUAUCAGAGUUCAAGACACUGCCAGAAGCAUCCAUAUCCAGCUAUGCUACAAACUUGAAAGAUAAGACUGCCUUGAUUUCAUCUCUUUACAAAGUAAUUCAGGAGCCACAGAGUGAACUUCUGGAGCCAGUUUGCCAUCAGCUCUUUGAGUUCUAUCGCAGUGGUGAAGAACAAUUGCUACGAUUCACGCUGCAGUUUCUGCCAGAAUUGAUGUGGUGUUAUCUUGCUGUCUCAGCCAGCAGGGAUUUGCAGAGCAGUGGAUGCAUAGAGGCUCUUCUCCUAGGAGUUUAUAACUUGGAGAUAGUUGACAAAGAGGGACAUAGCAAAGUGCUGAGUUUCACAAUUCCAUCUUUGUCCAAACCUUCAGUCUAUCAUGAACCUUCCAGCAUUGGCUCCAUGGCUCUCACUGAAGGAGCUUUAUCACAGCAUGGUUUGUCCAGGGUUGUAUACAGUGGACCUCAUCCUCAGAGGGAGAUGUUAACAGCGCAGAACAGGUUUGAAGUGCUGACUUUCCUUCUGCUCUGUUACAAUGCUGCCUUGAGCUACAUGCCUGCAGUUUCUCUUCAGUCACUGUGUCAGAUUUGUUCAAGAAUUUGUGUCUGUGGAUAUCCUCGCCAGCAAGUAAGGAAGUACAAGGGAGUCAACUGUAGGAUUCCAGUUUCAUCUGAAUUCAUGGUGCAGAUGCUAACAGGAAUUUAUUAUGCCUUUUAUAAUGGAGAAUGGGAUCUGGCUCGUAAAGCUAUGGAUGACAUUUUAUACAGAGCACAGCUGGAACUGUAUCCAGAACCUUUGCUGGUUGCUAAUGCAAUAAAAGCUUCACUGCCUCAAGGUGCCAUGAAAUCUAGUAAAGAAGGUACAAGAUGCAUUCAGGUUGAAAUUACACCUACUUCAUCCAGAAUAUCAAGAAAUGCUGUGACUAGCAUGUCUAUCCGAGGGCAUAGAUGGAAAAGGCAUGAACAACCAGAGAAUGGUAAUACUGAUUUAGAGAUACAAGAAGAACUGAUCGAAGUAUCUGAAAGUGAUGAAGGGUUUUACUCUAGGGCUACUUCUAGCACAAGUCAGUCUGCCCUAUCUAACAGCAGCAACACGAGCAGUAAGAACCUAUUAGGGAAGAGCCAGCGAAGGUCUGGAGGAAGCAAAGCUGGAGGAAAAGAAAAGGAAGGAGAAACCUGCAGAGAACACUUGUCACGAAAACAAACUCAGAGAGCUAUGAGUGAGAAUCUAGAGCUUGUCUCUCUUAAGAGACUGACACUGACAACUAGCCAGUCCCUGCCUAAGCCUGGCAGCCACAGUCUGGCCAGAACAACCACUACAGUGUUUAGUAAAUCCUUUGAACAGGUCAGUGGUGUCACAGUUCCAAACAAUCGUGGUGGUGUAUCUGGUACAGAGGCAAACAGAUUUUCAGCUUGCAGUCUCCAGGAGGAAAAACUGAUAUAUGGAACAGAAAGAUCAGAUUUUCCGAUCUUAAGCAAACAACCUAACCAGCAGAGAGCUCCUAGUAUUAGCAUAACUUUGUCAACAGAUUGAUACUCAGUUGGCAAGUAUGAAAACUAAAAUAUUGAUGGUUUAUGCUGGUAUUGGUGCAUUGAUACAUUAAGCUCCUUAAUAUGUUAUAUAUUACUUUCUUAAACCCCAAGCCCAUAAAUUCUUCCUUUGCUCAUAUUUGACAGUAACAGUGAAUAGACAACAGUUGUAAUUAUUUUGCAUCAAAUUCUAAUAGCUUGCAAAGUUCCUCUUUGACUUACUGUAUUUAUAUACCCAGUUGUUUAUGGCUUCAUGUGAAGUUACCUCUUCAUCGGUCUAAGAAGCAUUAACUGGUUGUUUAACCACUGACCAAGAUGUUUGGCUUUUUACAAAUGCAUGGGAACAAAUAAAUCCUCUUUCCCAGAUUCUGCUUUUUCAGUACCACUUGGCACAGGCAAAACUGCAAAGACUUGUUUUGUUUAAGCUGAGUCUUGCAGUAUGGGCAUGGCAUUUUGGAACAAACAUUCUUGUGUGUUAGCCAUGAGAAAGCUGUGCUUACAUGUAAAACUAGAAGCAUCAGUUCAGUGUUUGAUGUUCUGGUGGUUUUUGUAAUGGUAGUUAGUACACAUUGCAGUGUUCAUACGUAUUCACACCUGUACAAGUCUGAAUUAUGAAAGCAUUUUGGUUUUUCUGUAUGUCUUUGAAACUGGGCCAAAAGUCAUACAGCAGCAAUACUUGCAGAUGGGAGUUCUUACCAGUUGCUAUAGUAGUCACUCUUUAGACUUAGGAAUCAUGUGUCAGACUGGGGUUUUUUUUCAGAUUCUUAAAUAUCAGGCACAAAGCUACUCACUGAAAAGUCACUGUCAUCAGUAUUAUUAUUUAUGGGGAAGAGAUGUGCUUAUGUAACAAUGUUAUGCAGGAAAUAAGGUGUGAGCCCUUUGCACUGACUCAAGCAAAUCAGGAGUGUGAAUGUGUUUUACAUGGACUUCUUACUUGAGACUAAGAGAAUACUACCAAAGGAUGUGUACUUUCAGUAACUUGCAAGCACAAAGGGAAAUUAUCAUGUAAAUAUAACUAGCACUGUAAUUCCUAGUCUUUUAUAUCUAUUAUUUUUCUAGCUUGAAAUUCUAAAACAGCAGCCUGUUCUUGGCUACCAAACCUUUAACCUUCAGCUAGUUUGAUGACGUUGUUUGAUACCAACUUUUAUAAUGUUAAGGUUUUAAUUAAAAAAGGGUAUUAAAACUUCUUAUGCAGAAAUUUGGAGAAGCAGUAGCUGACAAAACUACUCCAAUAGCAGUGAUUAGCUGACAGACAAUUUAUUAUGAAUGAAGUAGAAAGAUCUAAGGCACAGUCAUUCCCAACCAUCUAGAUUUCUGCAGCUAUUGAUCCCUUAUGGUCUGGAACCUUGUAACAAAGCAAACUAAAAUUCUAGUAGACUCUCCCAUUUGCCUGAAGAUAGGUUUAGAUAUCCCUUUUUUGACUUAAACUGAAGCACAAGGAACUUUUAAGCAGCUAAUGUUAUUCAGGUUUAUAGCAAUUAAGAAGUUGGUUGAUUAAUGAAAAGAGAUGAGGAGACAGUUGGUAGGGACAAGUAAGUUGUGUAAUUCUGCUUCUAAGACUGCAGAAUAGGUGUGUACCUUUCUUAAUGUUCACUGCAGCCUAUGGAAUAGCUGGAGUGGUCUGUAGGUGUUCAUCUUCACCUGGGAGCCUGACUUUAAAUGAAUGUGCCACGUUUUCUCAUUCUUCAGUUUGUUGUGUGACUGUUCUAUUCUAGUAAUGCAGUAGUUCAACUUUUUACAGAGGAGUGUUUUCUUAAUUGUACAUGAAAACUUACAUUCCUAAUGUAUAAACUGCAGGUUUGUCCUGUUUAGAGUUUAAUACUUUAGCCAGUGAAAUAAACUGGUUGUUUGGAGUUGUAUGUUUUUGUAAAUAGUUUGGCAGAAAAUUUUGCCUUUUUAACAGGUUUUUCUGCAACAGCACAUUUGUUUCAGAUUGACUAAUGCCUGUAGCUGCUUGGAGCAUGCGUAGCCACAAGCAAUAGGAGGGUUUAGGCAGCUGAUAGCAAACCCUGGCUAGCACUACACAUACUGAAUGUGGAGCUCUUCUUUUCCUUGAAAUUGUUCUAGAUGGUAUGAGGAAAUAACAUGCAGAACUUACAGCUGCCUCCUGGUCUGCUCUUGCAGAGUAGCAUUGGAGAAUACUUAGAAAAUACUUUGCAGUAAUUAAAACUGAAACAUAAACUGGAAUAGACACAGAAAAUAGCAAUUGAUAGAUGUUUGCUGUAAUGGUAUUAGUUCUGAGUGUCAAGGGGCUAGAAUUUUGAAGUAGUUCUACUGGUUUUCUUUUGUUUCAUUUAGUUUGUGGUUGGUUGGUAUCUCCACAGUACACACUCUUUUCAAGCUGGAUAUUGGUUUAAAAGAUCUUUAUUAUACUGGGAAGAUAUAGUCACCUUAGCUAUAAAUAGAAUUUUGAAGGGUCUAAAAUGCCAUCAUGUUUACAGUACCAUUGUCUACCAGUCAAACAGUGUUAAAAUUAGUUUAUAGUUUAUCCUUUUAUUUUCUCCAGCUAAUUAUUCUAACUGGUCUGGCUUGAGCCCAGGGACCAAUAGGCUCAUAUUGGUACAACUCAAAUUAUAUAAAGCUUCACACUUUUUUUUGAGAAAAUGAUGAAAAGUUUUCGGUACUAAAGGCUGCUGUUUCUCUACAUGUGUGGCUUCAUAUAAGUACGUAUGUAUUGGUCUUUGGAGCAACUUACGCAAUGAGCAUGUUUUUGUGAACUGACAUUACAUGUUUGAUACUGAUCAAGUCUGAAUAAUUUCUUUCCUGAUGUGAGCAGUAAAACUUUCAGUUGUGUUUCUUUCUUUCCUU